UUUUCAUCUUUUAAAAGUUUUUAAUUUUUUAGGGGAAAAUAAAGCUGAACCAAAACAUUGUUUUGAGAAAUGUUUUUUUACUCAAAAACAAUAUCACUUGUGAGAUGUUUAAAGAGAUUUCCUUAUAGAACUUCGAUUCAUCAAAAUUUUGUUUCAGUGUAUGAGUUCAGUUUUAGCCCUAAAUAUUUAUUGUACACAAAUACUUUUUUGUCAAUUUUGUUGUGUGGAUCAGCUGAUUUUGUUCAACAAAAUAUUGAAAAAUACUUUUCAAAAAAAGACAGGGACUACGAUUUUAAGCGCACAUGGUUUAUGAUGAUCUAUGGUGGCGUUGCUGCUCCAAUUUCACAUUUUUGGUAUAUUGCUCUUGAUAGGCUGGUUAUGAAAGGAUCUAUACAUGCAAUUGUUGCAAAGAAGUUGUUAGCAGAUCAACUGAUUUGCUCUCCGUUUUUCACAAUAUACUUCUUUUUAACAAUUAGUAUUCUACAGGGACAAACUGUUGAAAAGACUAAACACGAAAUUAAAGAAAAAGCAUUGGGUGUUUACAUGGUUGAUUGUAUGGUUUGGCCACCAGUACAGGCUAUCAAUUUUUAUCUUAUUCCAAGUCAUUUAAGAGUAAUAUAUAUCGCUGUUGCUUCAUUUGGUUGGGAUAUUUUUCUUUCGUAUUCAAAGUUCAAGGACUCGAAUAUAAAAGAAGAUUAUUUAUCGGUUGCUGGUUGAUUCUUAUUUUUGAAGAUACUUAUUAGUUAAUUGGUUAAUUCUCCCUUUUUACAUAGAUUAGUAUAAAAAAUUGUUCGCAUUGUUUUUAUUAACUGUUUUUUAGCUAAGAUUUCUAGAAAUUCUGGUUGAA